GUACCUUGGUAGAAUUAUAGCCAGAUUUUGCAAAGAGCUUGUGAAAUGACAGCCAGAUGGCUGUGGAAUCUGAAUAUUCACUGCUGAGAACCGAAGCCAGCUUUCCUGCCAUGAAGAUGUUCUGUGUGAGCCACACCUUGCCCAGGGUGGAAGUGAUGUUUGUUUCAGGUCCACAGACGAGGGAGAGGACGGAGCCAGUGGACCCUCGGUGGCAGUGUCUGGUGCAGAUGUGGGCAGGCUGCCUGCUCGAGGAGGGCCUCUGCGGAGCGUCCGAGGCCUGUGUGAACGAUGGAGUGUUUGGAAGGUGCCAGAAGGUUCCGGCAAUGGACUUUUACCGCUACGAGGUGUCGCCCGUGGCCCUGCAGCGCCUGCGCGUGGCGUUGCAGAAGCUUUCCGGCACAGGUUUCACGUGGCAGGAUGACUAUACUCAGUAUGUGAUGGACCAGGAACUUGCAGACCUCCCGAAAACCUACCUGAGGCGUCCUGAAGCAUCCAGCCCAGCCAAGCCCUCAAAACACAGCGUUGGCAGCGAGAGGAGGUACAGUCGGGAGGGCGGCGCUGCCCUGGCCAAGGCCCUCCGACACCACCUGCCCUUCCUGGAGGCCCUGUCCCAGGCCCCAGCCUCAGACGUGCUCGCCAGGACCGAUACGGCGCAGGACAGACCCCCCGCUGAGGGUGACGACCGCUUCUCUGAGAGCAUCCUGACCUAUGUGGCCCACACGUCUGCGCUGACCUACCCUCCCGGGCCCCGGACCCAGCUCCGUGAGGACCUCCUGCCGCGGACCCUUGGCCAGCUCCAGCCAGAUGAGCUCAGCCCUAAGGUGGACAGUGGUGUGGACAGACACCAUCUGAUGGCGGCCCUCGGUGCCUAUGCUGCCCAGAGGCCCCCAGCUCCCCCCGGGGAGGGCAGCCUGGAGCCACAGUACCUUCUGCGUGCACCCUCAAGAAUGCCCAGGCCCUUGCUGGCACCAGCCGCCCCCCAGAAGUGGCCUUCACCUCUGGGAGAUCGCGAAGACCCCUCCAGCACAGGCGAUGGAGCACGGAUUCACACCCUCCUGAAGGACCUGCAGAGGCAGCCGGCUGAGGUGAGGGGCCUGAGUGACCUGGAGCUGGACGGCAUGGCCGAGCUGAUGGCUGGCCUGAUGCAAGGCGUGGACCAUGGAGUAGCUCGAGGCAGCCCUGGGAGAGCGGCCCUGGGAGAGUCUGGAGAACAGGCGGAUGGCCCCAAGGCCACCCUCCGUGGAGACAGCUUUCCAGAUGACGGAGUGCAGGACGAUGAUGAUAGACUUUACCAAGAGGUCCAUCGUCUGAGUGCCACACUCGGGGGCCUCCUGCAGGACCACGGGUCUCGACUCUUACCUGGAGCCCUCCCCUUUGCAAAGCCCCUCGACAUGGAGAGGAAGAAAUCCGAGCACCCUGAGGCUUCCCUGUCUUCAGAAGAGGAGACUGCCGGAGUGGAGAACGUCAAGAGCCAGACGUAUUCCAAAGAUCUGCUGGGGCAGCAGCCGCAUUCGGAGCCCGGGGCCGUUGCGUUUGGGGAGCUCCAAAACCAGAUGCCUGGGCCCUCGAAGGAGGAGCAGAGCCUUCCAGCGGGUGCUCAGGAGGCCCUCGGCGACGGCCUGCAAUUGGAGGUCAAGCCUUCCGAGGAAGAGGCGCGGGGCUACAUCGUGACAGACAGAGACCCCCUGCGCCCCGAGGAAGGAAGGCGGCUGGUGGAGGACGUCGCCCGCCUCCUGCAGGUGCCCAGCAGCGCGUUCACUGACGUGGAGGUUCUCGGACCAGCAGUGACCUUCAAAGUGAGCGCCAAUGUCCAAAACGUGACCACUGAGGAUGUGGAGAAGGCCACAGUUGACAACAAAGACAAACUGGAGGAAACCUCUGGACUGAAAAUUCUUCAAACCGGAGUCGGGUCGAAAAACAAACUCAAGUUCCUGCCUCCUCAGGCGGAGCAAGAAGACUCCACCAAGUUCAUCGCGCUCACCCUGGUCUCCCUCGCCUGCAUCCUGGGCGUCCUCCUGGCCUCUGGCCUCAUCUACUGCCUCCGCCAUAGCUCUCAGCACAGGCUGAAGGAGAAGCUCUCGGGACUAGGGGGUGACCCAGGUGCAGAUGCCACUGCCGCCUACCAGGAGCUGUGCCGCCAGCGUAUGGCCACGCGGCCACCAGACCGACCCGAGGGCCCGCACACGUCACGCAUCAGCAGCGUCUCAUCCCAGUUCAGCGACGGGCCGAUCCCCAGCCCCUCCGCGCGCAGCAGCGCCUCAUCCUGGUCCGAGGAGCCCGUGCAGUCCAACAUGGACAUCUCCACCGGCCACAUGAUCCUGUCCUACAUGGAGGACCACCUGAAGAACAAGAACCGGCUGGAGAAGGAGUGGGAAGCGCUGUGCGCCUACCAGGCGGAGCCCAACAGCUCGUUCGUGGCCCAGAGGGAGGAGAACGUGCCCAAGAACCGCUCCCUGGCUGUGCUGACCUAUGACCACUCCCGGGUCCUGCUGAAGGCGGAGAACAGCCACAGCCACUCAGACUACAUCAACGCCAGCCCCAUCAUGGAUCACGACCCGAGGAACCCCGCGUACAUCGCCACCCAGGGACCGCUGCCCGCCACCGUGGCUGACUUUUGGCAGAUGGUGUGGGAGAGCGGCUGCGUGGUGAUCGUCAUGCUGACACCCCUCGCGGAGAACGGUGUCCGGCAGUGCUACCACUACUGGCCGGAUGAAGGCUCCAAUCUCUACCACAUCUAUGAGGUGAACCUGGUCUCCGAGCACAUCUGGUGUGAGGACUUCCUGGUGAGGAGCUUCUAUCUGAAGAACCUGCAGACCAACGAGACGCGCACCGUGACUCAGUUCCACUUCCUGAGUUGGUAUGACCGAGGAGUCCCUUCCUCCUCAAGGUCCCUCCUGGACUUCCGCAGAAAAGUAAACAAGUGCUACAGGGGCCGUUCUUGUCCAAUAAUUGUUCAUUGCAGUGACGGUGCAGGCCGGAGCGGCACCUACGUCCUGAUCGACAUGGUUCUCAACAAGAUGGCCAAAGGUGCUAAAGAGAUUGAUAUCGCAGCGACCCUGGAGCACUUGAGGGACCAGAGACCCGGCAUGGUCCAGACGAAGGAGCAGUUUGAGUUUGCGCUGACAGCCGUGGCUGAGGAGGUGAACGCCAUCCUCAAGGCCCUUCCCCAGUGAGCGGCAGCCUCGGGGGCCUCAGGGGAGCCCCCACCCCACGGAUGUUGUCAGGAAUCAUGAUCUGACUUUAAUUGUGUGUCUUCUAUUAUAACUGCAUAGUAAUAGGGCCCUUAGCUCUCCCGUAGUCAGCACAGUUUAGCAGUUAAAAGUGUAUUUUUGUUUAAUCAAACAAUAAUAAAGAGAGAUUUGUGGAAAAAUCC